CACGCCCGCGCUCUCCGCUCCGCCGGGGUUUCAGUGGCGCCGGCGCCCCCUCGGCUGUUGUGGUGACUGGGGAUUUCUGGUGACCCCGGCCCACCGCAGGUCGCCUGCGGAGCGGUCCAGUACCGGCAGUGGCCCUCCGUCCUUGUCAUUGACCGUCCGCCCGCAGGCCUGGCCGCUCCCCCGCGGGGAGAAUUUCUCAGGGCCAUGUCCAGGCCGAGCAGCGUCUCCCCGCGGCCGCCGGUUCCUGGCGGCGGGGGCGGCCCAGCUCAGUGCGGCCCUGGGGGCGGGGGCCGGGCCAAGGGGCUGAAGGACAUUCGUAUAGACGAGGAGGUGAAGAUCGCAGUCAAUAUCGCUCUGGAGCGCUUCCGAUACGGGGAUCAGAGAGAAAUGGAAUUUCCUUCUUCUUUGACCAGCACUGAAAGAGCUUUUAUUCAUCGAUUGAGUCAGUCUCUUGGUUUGGUCUCUAAAAGUAAAGGAAAGGGAGCAAAUAGAUACCUAACUGUGAAGAAGAAAGAUGGAUCAGAAACAGCUCAUGCAAUGAUGACCUGUAAUUUGACUCAUAAUACAAAACAUGCUGUUAGGAGCCUAAUUCAGAGAUUUCCUGUCACCAAUAAAGAGCGUACUGAACUUCUGCCUAAAACAGAAAGAGGAAAUGUGUUUGCAGUUGAAGCUGAAAACCGGGAAAUGAGCAAAACAAGCGGGCGACUCAACAAUGGCAUACCUCAGAUUCCAGUGGAAAGAGGAGAAUCUGAAUUUGAUUCUUUCAGGCAGUCUCUGCCCGUGUUUGAGAAACAAGAAGAAAUUGUUAAAAUAAUUAAAGAAAAUAAAGUAGUUUUGAUUGUAGGAGAAACUGGAUCUGGAAAGACUACGCAGAUUCCUCAGUUCCUUUUAGAUGAUUGCUUUAAAAAUGGUAUCCCCUGCCGUAUAUUUUGUACCCAGCCAAGACGGUUAGCAGCAAUUGCUGUGGCCGAAAGAGUUGCUGCAGAGAGAAGGGAAAGGAUUGGUCAAACAAUUGGAUAUCAGAUCCGGUUAGAAAGCAGGGUUUCUCCAAAGACACUUCUGACAUUUUGCACUAAUGGGGUAUUGCUUCGUACGUUGAUGGCAGGAGAUAGUACAUUGUCGACUGUGACACAUGUUAUUGUGGAUGAAGUACACGAAAGGGAUCGAUUUAGUGAUUUUUUACUUACGAAGUUAAGAGAUCUUUUGCAAAAGCACCCAACUUUGAAACUUAUUCUUUCUAGUGCCGCCUUGGAUGUAAAUCUUUUUAUAAGAUAUUUUGGAAGUUGUCCAGUGAUAUAUAUACAGGGAAGACCAUUUGAAGUAAAAGAAAUGUUUCUGGAAGACAUCUUAAGAACUACUGGAUACACAAACAAAGAAAUGCUAAAAUACAAAAAGGAAAAACAACGAGAAGAGAAACAGCAAACCACCCUUACAGAAUGGUAUUCCGCUCAAGAGAAUACUUUCAAGUCUGAGUCUCAGAGGCAGAGAACUGUUCCCAAUGUGACUGAAGAGUAUGAUUUAUUGGAUGACGGUGGUGAUGCUGUCUUCAGCCAGUUGACAGAAAAAGAUGUGAAUUGCCUUGAACCAUGGUUAAUAAAGGAAAUGGAUGCUUGUCUCUCUGACAUAUGGCUACAUAAAGAUGUUGAUGCCUUUGCUCAGGUCUUUCACCUUAUUUUAACUGAAAAUGUUAGUGUUGAUUACAGGCAUAGUGAAACCAGUGCAACAGCUCUGAUGGUUGCUGCAGGACGAGGUUUUUCAAGUCAAGUAGAGCAGUUAAUUAGUAUGGGAGCCAACGUUCAUAGUAAAGCAUCAAAUGGCUGGAUGGCUUUAGAUUGGGCUAAACACUUUGGACAGACUGAAAUUGUGGAUCUUCUAGAAUCUUACAGUGCUUCACUGGAAUUUGGAAAUCUAGAUGAAAGUUCUCUGGUUCACACAAAUGGAAGUGACCUCAGUGCAGAAGACAGAGAGCUCCUGAAAGCUUAUCAUCACAGUUUUGAUGAUGAAAAAGUAGACUUGGAUUUGAUCAUGCACCUUCUAUACAAUAUCUGCCAUGGUUGUGAUGCUGGUGCAAUAUUAAUUUUCCUACCUGGAUAUGAUGAAAUUGUUGGACUGAGGGAUCGCAUCCUGUUUGAUGACAAGCGGUUUGCUGACAACACACAUAGAUACCAAGUCUUUAUGCUUCAUUCAAAUAUGCAAACAUCUGAUCAAAAGAAAGUAUUAAAAAACCCACCUGCCGGUGUUCGAAAAAUAAUCCUUUCCACCAAUAUUGCUGAAACCAGCAUCACAGUCAACGAUGUUGUCUUUGUUAUUGAUUCUGGUAAGGUGAAAGAGAAAUCCUUUGAUGCACUGAAUUUUGUUACAAUGUUAAAAAUGGUGUGGAUUUCCAAAGCUAGUGCCAUACAACGAAAAGGCAGGGCAGGGAGAUGCAGACCUGGAAUUUGUUUCCGGCUGUUCAGUAGACUCCGAUUCCAGAAUAUGUUGGAAUUUCAGACUCCAGAACUUUUGAGAAUGCCAUUACAGGAACUUUGUUUACAUACUAAGCUGUUAGCCCCAGUGAAUUGUCCUAUUGCUGAUUUCCUAAUGAAAGCUCCAGAACCACCACCAGCUCUAAUUGUAAGAAAUGCUGUACAAAUGCUUAAGACAAUAGAUGCAAUGGAUGCAUGGGAGGAUCUCACUGAGCUGGGCUAUCACUUGGCUGACCUGCCCGUGGAGCCACAUCUUGGUAAAAUGGUCCUGUGCGCUGUCGUCUUAAAGUGUCUGGACCCCAUCCUCACAAUUGCCUGCACGCUAGCCUCUCGAGACCCCUUUGUCCUGCCGGCCCAGGCCUCUCAAAGACGGGCGGCCAUGCUUUGUAGGAAACGCUUCACUGCGGGAACUUGCAGUGACCACAUGGCCCUUCUCAGAGCGUUCCAGGCAUGGCAGAAAGCACGAAGUGAUGGAUGGGAGCGAGCCUUUUGUGAGAAGAAUUUUCUUUCACAAGCUACCAUGGAAAUAAUCAUUGGCAUGAGAACUCAGUUGCUUGGUCAACUUAGAGCAUCAGGUUUUGUUAGAGCACGAGGUGGUGGUGACAUUCGAGAUGUUAACACAAAUUCCGAGAACUGGGCUGUCGUUAAAGCUGCAUUGGUGGCAGGCAUGUAUCCUAAUUUAGUCCAUGUGGACAGAGAGAAUGUAGUAUUGACAGGGCCAAAGGAGAAAAAAGUUCGGUUUCAUCCCACUUCAGUUCUCAGUCAGCCUCAAUAUAAAAAGAUUCCUCCAGCCAAUGGUCAGGCUGCAGCGAUUCAGGCACUCCCCACAGAUUGGCUUAUUUAUGAUGAGAUGACCAGAGCCCACAGAAUAGCUAAUAUUAGAUGUUGUUCGGUAGUGACCCCCGUCACUGUGUUGGUGUUCUGUGGACCGGCGAGGCUGGCAAGUAACGCUCUUCAGGAACCUUCCUCAUUUCGAGCGGAUGGUAUUCCUAAUGACAGUAGUGACAGUGAAAUGGAAGAUAGAACUACUGCUAAUUUGGCAGCUUUGAAGCUUGAUGAGUGGCUUAAUUUCAAACUAGAGCCUGAGGCGGCCGGUUUGCUGCUGCAGCUCCGGCACAAGUGGCACAGCUUGUUUUUGCGCCGAAUGAGAGCUCCGUCUAAACCCUGGUCUCAAGUUGAUGAAGCCACCAUCCGAGCCAUCAUAGCUGUGCUCAGCACCGAAGAACAGUCUGCGGGCUUACAGCAGCCAUCGGGGAUAGGCCAGAGGCCAAGGCCUAUGUCUUCAGAAGAACUCCCUCUGGCAUCGUCUUGGAGGUCAAAUAACAGUAGGAAAACCUCAGCAGAUACGGAAUUUUCGGAUGAGUCUGCGACUGCAGAAAGAGUAUUGAUGAAAUCUCCAUCUCCAGCACUGCACCCACCUCAGAAGUACAAAGAUAGAGGAAUUUUACAUCCUAAACGAAGCACCGAUGACCGAUCGGAUCAAUCUUCUGUGAAAUCUACAGACAGCAGUAGCUACCCAAGUCCUUGUGCUAGCCCUUCUCCUCCAUCCUCGGGAAAGGGCUCAAAAUCUCCUUCACCAAGACCAAACAUGCCUAUUCGAUACUUCAUAAUGAAGAGUAGCAAUUUGAGAAACCUUGAAAUUUCUCAACAGAAGGGUAUCUGGUCUACAACCCCUAGUAAUGAGCGGAAGCUAAAUCGAGCCUUUUGGGAAAGCAGCAUGGUUUACUUGGUAUUUUCUGUUCAAGGAUCUGGACAUUUCCAGGGAUUUUCUAGGAUGUCUUCUGAGAUAGGAAGGGAGAAGAGCCAGGACUGGGGCUCAGCUGGACUGGGAGGAGUAUUUAAGGUGGAGUGGGUCCGGAAGGAAAGUCUUCCCUUUCAGUUUGCUCACCACUUACUCAAUCCCUGGAACGACAACAAGAAAGUCCAGAUCAGCAGAGACGGGCAGGAACUAGAGCCUCAGGUUGGUGAACAGUUGCUGCAGUUAUGGGAACGCCUUCCACUGGGAGACAAAACUGCAACUGACUGAACUCAGAGCUCUGAGCUACAGAAGAACAUCGUACCUGUUUAAAACCACCGAACACGCUGACUUCUAAGAACUGAGGUGGAGAUGUGUGUUACGAGUGAAUGGGCUUUUCUGGUUGAGAGUGUCACUUAAGACCCACCAUCUUCAUAUAAAGGAGAAAAGGGGAAAGUCUGGAGGACCAAGUCAAAUGAGCUUCACCCCUGAAUCAACACCGGGGCACGCAUCCUGCCCCUGAGCACGCCACCGAUAGGUGACCACGCGUUCCAGUCUGUGAGCUUCCCGCAGCACACGCGCUCACUGUGCUCCAGAACUUUCCACAGAUCCUCUUCAUGCAAAGGCCCGCCACACAGUGCACUCACUUCUGCCCAAGGCCCCUGCGUGUGCCUCGGUCUUCGCAGCCACGGGUGAAAUUUCCAGUCGGCUGUCUCAUAAAAUCACAAACGCUGCAUACUGAAAAUGGAACUACUGUUCUUUCCUACAACGUGCUCCACCAAAAGCUGCUCUCUCUUCAGCGGCCGCCAUUUCCGCAAGGGGCGUGGGGGAUGGGCUCGGAACACAGAGAGACAACCUGAUGCCCAAAAGGUUAAGGAAGAACUUUGACCGGGACCAGACCUUUUGAAAAGUCAAAAGGAUGCGCUGAGAGGAAGAACAGCCGGAGCUGGGGCUCUCCUCCUACCAAACUGUACUUGAACGCUGGCUGCAGCCUCUGGCCUUGGAAGGGCUAGGGGUGGUACUGCUUGUGGACUUUAGAUUCUUUGGUUCUGAGACAUUGGUAUAUUUCAGUUACAGUCAAGACCUGAAAUGUGGUCCCUCUCCCCUGCUGGAGGGUGAUACUGUUGAGGAGGGCUUUAUGUAGUUAAGGAGGAAAGUUGCACAGGUUCUUCCUUGUGAUUAACCCUCUCCCAUGGCCUUCCCUGGUUGGCUUUAGACACGGCUUACAGUUACGAGCAUUGUGUUCUUUCCAGAGCCAACGUCGACCUUAUAAAUAUAUAUAUAAGCAGUAUUGAUGACACAUAAGGGACUUGCUAGGUUGAGUGGAGGGUUUUAUAGUUGACAGUUUCUAGGUAUUUACAUAAUAGUUGAGCAUGGACGUUUUUAUUGUAUAUGUACGUGUUUUUUUUUUUUUUUUAAAGAUAUUAUUACUUGUCAGAGAGGGAGAGAGCGAGCACUAGCAGGGGGAGCGGCAGGCAGAGGGAGAAACAGGCUCCCCCACUGAGCAAGGAGCCGGCUGUGGGACUCGAUCCCAGGACCCUGGGAUCAUGACCUGAGCCAAAGGCAGACACCUAACCGACUGAGCCACCCAGGCGUCCCUGUAUGUGUGUUUUAAAACACUCUCAUAAGAAUCCAUUACUUCCUGCUAGUCAUAGUUUCUGUGAUGAACACCAUGAUUAGUUAUUCAGGUGCCCCACUGGGAAGGAAGAACUUCCUCCCCCAGGACUGGGUGGGCUGCGCGCAGCGGCCCUCAGCUGUCAGAGCCUCGCGGUGUUGCUCCAACUGAAGAGAGCUGCCUUGCCCGAGUCAUGUCCCCUUUCCCGGGUGGCCCAUCUCCAGUGGCUGAUUGAUGUCUGGGGUGUAAACACUCAGCCUUCUCGUCCCAACUCCGGACGACUCCGAAGAGUCAUCCCAGACUCAAGACUUCCUGUGGGGAGGAUAGAGAGCACCAGUGAGACUAUGGAGACUCUUCUUUUCCCUCUGGCCAACUCUGCUUCCUUGCUUCCCCCUUUCUGGUGUCUGUCACUAAAAUACCCCUGCAUGCCAUUCUCCUCCUCAGAGUCAGACCCAACCUGUGACCGUUGGUGGCCAAAAGUAAUCCCCAAAUGCAGAUGCUGGGAUAAGAUUCUGGAUCUGGAUUAUGCGCAAAUGGCUUGACAAUGAGGACUCCCAUCAACAGUGGGUUCUAGCACAUGCAGAGAAGACCAGUACUCCUGGCAAGAGGGAGUGAGUGACAUGAUUUCUCAAGCUUGUGUCAGAGGUUCACACGAACAAAGCUUAGGUCCCAGGUCCCAGACCUUGUCACUGUGGGCCCUGGACACCGCAGGCAGAUUUGAGAUGAAUGAGCUCUGCAAGGACACCAGGACUGACCGAUUCUUGUCAAAAGGUCCCAACACCUGACAGAUAAUGAAGGACCAAAUCAAAUCAGAUCCGAUAGAAUGGAAUCCAGUGGUGUUUGUCGAGCUCUCUGGGUGGAGCGGUGUGCAGCAGCACCUCCCAAAUGGUGCCCAGGGGAAAUCAGCAUGGAACAUUCUGCUGCCCAUCCAGGUAGGAUUGGGCCAAUGGGGCUAAUGCAUCCUGUGUGAUCAUGUUUCUUUCCCCCUGUUUAGGAAGAGAUGAACAUCCACAUGGAUGCUAUAAACAGAUGGAUUUCACUUUCUCUAGUUAGUAUCCAAGGCACUUCCUUAAAAUUUUUAAUUCCAUCAAGAUUUUGCUUCUCCAGAGCCAGAGUGUACUCUUGAGGAGCUAGCACUUCUGAAUUAAAAGAAGAAGAAUGCCACACAGGUGGAUCCAGAGUGUGAAUAAGCAAAACCCAAGGAAGGAGAAGGGGGAGGAUGAUCUAAGGAGCCCAGGUCAUGUCUCCCACAAGGGCUCUUCCCUCCAUCUUGGAGGUUCCACGUACCCAUCUUGUACAAGGACCCUCCGCCAAAAGCAUCUUCCUGUGACUCCAUCUUGUCAGCAAGGUAGACUUUUAGUUGGUCCUCAUCCUUGGAUCUGAUACCACUUUGUGAAGUCUUCUCAGCGCAGCCACCCUACCCCUUCCUCAAGCCUUUUCUCAAAAGGAUCAGGCAGUUACUUUCCUCACUGUUGGCAUGGGUGUAGUUUUUAAAGACACUGUAUAUAUAAAACAUAAUUGCAUUUUUUCAAACCGAAUUUAACAUUUAACUUGAGCCCCAUUUAGUGAAUUCGGAGUUGUCCUGCUUCUUUUUAUAGGGAGGGAAAAGCACAUCCUAUUCUUGGGUCAUCGGUCUAUAUUGGCACGUGACCAUCUCAGUCACAAUGGCUCCUUCCUGCAUGUCUUGGUCAUCAGCUUCAAUCCUUGCUGGCCUCCACAAAACACGGGCUUUCCCAAAUGGACUCAAGAGCAAGUUCUAGAAGAUAGUCCUUGCUUCUUCUGUCUGACUCACCUCAAGACUUCUUUAGGUUCUUGGGCUUUCUCUGCUACACGGAGCCUCCACAGGGUCAGGUCAAGGAGGCUUGUGGUGCUCUUCCAAGCCACAGUGGGUCAUAAGAACUCAGUGGGGGCUGUCUUAAGUUCCCUCUGCCCCAUCACCAUGUCAGCUCCACCAUGAGUGUGGGUGAAUUCUAGGAUUUCCCUUAGGAAGCAAAGUUGAUUUUGUCUGAUCACACAUCCCCAAACUCAACAGUGCAUCCUUUCAGCUGAAGAGGGCAGAGGUGGUCACCAGGGACACAGUUAAUCAGGACCAGUCUCUGGUCCUCUUGCUUCCCUCCCGACUACGCUCAUGUAGCUGAGACAGCUCCCAUCAUGGGUGGGAAAUUCUUGCUGCAAGUAGUCAUCUAUGAGUUUCAUAUCUGGACUUAGAAGCACCAAAGCCAAUAAUUUGAAUCUUUUGUUCUCUGGACUGCCUGUGACAGUCUCCCUCAUGUCCCUCCACUCCCUGAAACAACGGGCACAAAUUGUGACUUCUAUUUCUGUCAAGUAUAUUGUGUGUGUAGGUGUGUGUGGCUUGUUUUCCUCAUUUUUUGAGGUUUUUAUUUUUGGAGAUAUAGGUGUACUAUUUUUGCUCCUUUUCCUGUUUUCUCUCUCUGGCUGACUAUAAUUCACUGAUGACAAUGUGAAUAGCGGCAAGAUGUCCUUGACCAUGUAAGUCAGAUUCUGAGGCUGGCAGGGCAGGAGAUGAAGAGGAGCCUGGAUCCCCGAUAACUUCCUGGAGCAAAAAUCCUUGCCCUGGGCUGCCUACCCCAAGGCAAAUAGCCCUAGCCUCGGAUCCUCUUUUGUGAGAGAAUCCUCCCUUUUUUGUGUUUAAGCUCCUAGUCUUUUGUCUUUAAGUAGAGCUAAACCUACUUCUAACUGAUACCUGUCACGCUAAUUAUUUCAAACUCAAGUCUAAAGUAUGGGGUAAACACAAAGGGAAACAGGACCUCAUUGGCACUCUCAAGGAGCCCACAAGCCAGGGUGAUGGGCAGAAACCUGCACAAUUCACACCAGCACAAGGUCAACUUGGAGAAAUGAAGAAAGAUGUGCAAAAUGCCAUAGGAGUUUUGAGGUGAAGGACAUACAAGUGUAGCAUGGAGCAAAUAAAGGGGAAGACUCGGCAGAAGAUGGGUCUUGAUGGAAAAGGAAAGAUUGGUUUUGUUUUUUUGUUUUUGGCUGGAGACAGGAAGGGAAGGGUUUUCCAGGUAAAGGGGGAUUGCACGGUACCUGUUCCAGAAAUGCCCCAUUGUCUAGUUUGGCAACAUUCCCGUGUGGAGAAGUGCGGGAAGAGAUGAGGGUGGAGACCUAGGCUGAGGUUCAUCGAAUGCCCAAGUAGCAGGGGCAGCCGAAAAAGAGUGAUGAGCUUUUCCCUUUUUUCUUCCCACGUUUUUGAUGUUCUGCACUCAGCCAAAGCCUACGACUUCCCUGGGAGCAGAGAUGUUAACAUUCUGAAGGUUAAGAUGGAAAUGAAAAGCAGUGUUAAUAUUUAGCUUAUGAAAUUCAAGAGAAUUUAGCAGCAAGACAAUGAGCUCAGAAGCCAGGUUUUGUCUUAAAAGGAAGACAACCUUCUGAUUUCUUUUAUCAGGCAGAGAACAGACGCCAGAGGCCUCAUAUCAUAGGAUUCUGCUACAGUGUUUAAAAGAUUCCCUGAUCCCUUUUAGGGCCUGUCUAGGCCCGGAGGCUUGAUGCCCACAUAGAAAUCAUUCAAGAAUAAGACAGAACGGAGCUUCCCAACCUGCAUGCUGCCGGUGGGUUAGAGGCACCUUCAAACUCUUGGUCUUCAGGAAAACCUGGCAUGACUCAAGGUCGCCAUGCUCCCUGGCUGGUAGCUUCUGGACAUGAAUAGUUUUGUCUGGGACUUAAGCAAAAUGGAAUUGGGCACUCUCCCUGUGCUUGGCCUACGAGAUGUCUACACUCGCGCAUGGACUUCAGCAGUGAGCCGAGGGGUAGGGUGUGUUGCCGUCCAUUGUGGACACACAGUCUUUGAUGCUGCUGGGGAUUGCUUUUCUUCCAGGGUGAGCUCAGGAGCAUGGGGUGCAAUCUGAGGGCCUGUGGUCAAGGUUCAGAGGAGGGGGAGGCCUGGCGGAGUGCUGGCAGACCCCUUGAGGCUGUUUUUCCAUAUAUCAGAUCCUUUUGUCCUAAUGCAACAGAGGCACCCUUUUCUAGUGCCUCAGGUAGCGAAGGAGUGACUGCUCUCACAACGUACGCCCCUCCGGCAAAUAACUUUACCAUUAGUCUGAGUGCCUGAUGUGGGGAAAAGUUUGGUUGGAAUUCAAGUGCUUUUGCAUUAUCAUCAAAAUUUUAACAUACAUGUGUCACGAAAGAAAAGAAAAUGCUGAUAGAGUCUUUAAAUGUCAUCUCAACUCCUGUAAAUUUUGGAGUUUUGGAAAAUUCCAAAAUUUCAUGUUGCUGUAAAAUAUUGGGUGUAAAAGGGGCACCUGGAUGGCUCAGUCGUUAGGCGUCUGCCUUUGGCUCGGGUCAUGAUCCCAGAGUUCUGGGAUCGAGCCCCGCAUCGGGUUCCCUGCUCGGCGGGAAGCCUGCUUCUCCCUCUUCCAUUCCCCCCUGCUUGUGUUCCCUCUCUCGCUGUCUCUCUCUCUCUGUCAAAAUAAAUAAAUAAAAUCUUAAAAAAAAAAAAUAUUGGGUGUAAAAAAGCAUUUUAAAUUUAUCACCCAUUUGUGAUAAUAGAGUUUCUCUAUUAUCAACUCUCAUCAAGUUUCUCAUCCAUAUCAACUCUCUGGAAUUUGAACAGCUCAUCAUUAAAAACUUGACCAGGAAUUGCUUGGGGGCCUAUUUUAGGAAAAAAAGCUGAUAUGCAAUUUAUUUAUUUUUUGUUUCUAGCAUUAAUUAAUUAGUUAACGAAUUAAUUAAUUUACAUUCCAGUAUAGUUCACAUACAGUGUUACAUUAGUUUCAGGUGUACAAUAUAGUGAUUCAACACUUCUAUACAUUUCUCAGGGCUCAGCCUGAUAAGUGUGCUCUUAAUCCUCAUCACCUAUCUCACCCAUCCCCCACCCACCUCCCCUUCGGUAACUACCAGUGUGUUCUCUAUAGUUAAGAAUCUGUUUUUUUGUUUGUCUCUUUUUUUCCCUUUGUUUUGUUUCUUAAAUUCCAUAUAUGAGUGAAAUCAUAUGGUAAUUGUUUUUCCCUGACUGACUUAUUUCACUUAGCAUAAUACUCUCUAGCUCCAACCAUGUCAUUGCAAAUAGCAAGAUUUCAUUCUUUUUUAUGGUUGAUUAAUAUUCCAUUAUAUAUAUACAGCCCAUCUUCUUUAUCCAUUCAAUUACUGAUGGACACUUGGAUUGUGUCCCUAUUUUGGCUAUUGUAGAUAAUGCUGCAAUAAACCUAGUGGUGCAUAUAUAUAUUUGAAUUCAUGUUCUUGUAUUUUUUGGGUAAAUACCUAGUAGUGGAGUUACUGGAUCGCAGUGUGAGAUGGUGUAGGCUUGUAAGCCCCUUGCAGGCCCAGAUCAUUUGAGGACUGCACUGAGGUUAAGGACGGCCAGGCAGGCCUGGGCCAGGAGGAGAAAAUGUUCUCUUCCCCUUAUCUCAUGUUGCAAGGCCUAAAUGCCUGGACCAGCAGAAAGUGGCUCUUGCCUAGCUUAAAGUGUGUCUUUCUAAACAGAAGUGUUCUUUCUAAAGACAAAGAACAUGUUGUCUCCAAAGGAAGGAUGGCUAAGAGAAUUCUUUGUUCUGCAAGUAUAAACAGGAUGUAUUUUGUUCUUAUUGAAUUUCGUGUAUAUUUCACUUCACGGAUGUUGGCUUGAUACUUUAAGUAUACAUUGUUAUGUUUAUCUGAUCUCUGCGAGUAUAUAGCUACGUGAGAAAUAAACGGCAGUAUGCAGUUGCAAGUGCUGCCUUUGCUCUGCAUCCCCUGUGUCCUGGUGAUUUCGUAGACCCUUACCCAGGGACCCCAACGCACUAGACGUUGACAAUUGGCGCCCGAACAGGGACCCUGAAGGACGUACAGGAAGGGUGAGUAACUUAAUUAAGUACAGGGUGAUGGGACAAGAAACUUCUACUCCUUAUGUUCGAAUGCUGAAGCAUUCACUUGCUGUCUAUGGUAUCACUGUCGCUUCUAAUGAUAUUGAGCUGUGUUUGAAGGUGGUUCGAGAAUGGAAUCCUUGGUUUCCAGAGGAGGGAACUUUAGAUUUAGAUAAUUGGCAGCGAGUCCGACAUAAUGUCGAGAAGGCAAUGAGACAGGGAGAAAAAAUUCCCGUGCGGUUUUGGUCUAUUUGGUCGAUUAUUUUUACAGUGCUUAAAGCGAUGGAGGAUGACCGCACGGUCGAAGACUUCCAUAAGGAGAUGGCUCCUUCUAUACAAGACCUCCCUUUAGAUACGGAUGAGAAAAGGGCGGUAGAGAAAGAUACCUUUAAGCUUACUCCAUCCCGUGAGCCUAGCGAGUGUGGUAAUGAAGAACCAAAACCGAAAGUAAAGUCGGAUCCCGAGGUGGAGCGUGUGUGGAAGGUUUUUCAGCAGGUUAUGGCUAUGACGGAGGAGUCUAAGAAACCCUCUAGGAAGCCCUCUGCUCCGCCUUUGCCGUCUGUACCAGCUCUUUCUUCUAAAAAUCCUUUCCUUUCUGCUGCUUUAGCUGAGCUUGAUGCGCUAGAGGAUAGCGAUGAUGAGGCUGGCACAGGUAAUUCUGUCUUUGCUUUUCCUGUUAUUAGGCCUCCCCCGGUCCAGGGAGUGGCACAAGCACCAUAUUAUGAAGGAAUAGGUAUAGAAGAUAUUGGUUGCUUGAAAAAGGCAGUGUCUUUAUAUGGACCUCAAUCACAUUAUGUUAAGGAGCUAGUUAAUAGUCUAGCUCGACAUUAUAACAAUUUUUCUCCUGAGGACUGGAGGGUCCUCUGUCGGGCUCUUUUAAAAGAGCCUGAGUAUCUGCAGUGGCAGAUGUGGUUUUCUGAACUUUGUAUGUAUGUACAUGUGGUAAUAGAUACAUAUUGUCAAUUUAUAUGGGCCACAGCACAAAGUGGCGAAACUGCACAACAUGUUAUCACCCAUCUCUUAGAAACUUUUGCUGUGAUGGGUUUACCAUCUAUUAUUAAAACAGAUAAUGGACCUGCAUAUAGCAGUAAAAAAUUUCAAACUUUCUGUAAACAAUAUGGUAUAAUGCACAAAACAGGCAUUGAGUAUAAUCCUCAAGGGCAAGCUAUUGUAGAACGUGCACAUAAUACCUUAAAGUUACAAAUUAAAAAAUUAAAAAGGAGGAAAAAGGAUCAUAUCUUAGCAUUCACUCAAUCUAAUGCGCAUUCUAUUUUACAACAAGCACUGUUUACAUUGAAUUUCUUGAAUCUUCCACAGGGAGAUAUCCUGUCCCGAGCAGAAAAACAGUUCAUAGAGGGAGAGGUCGCUCCCCCUCCAUUAAAUGAACAUAUAUGGCUUAAACCGACUGCAGAUGCAGAAUGGCAACCGGGGCUAUUGCUUUGCAGAGGGAAGGGUUAUGCUUAUGUCUCCACAGAGGAUGGACGGACCUGUUCCUGGCUCCCUACGCGAUGGAUCCGGUCAAGGACCAAUUCGAACGGCACCGUAUCCCACCAGGCAAUGGAUGGGGAAUCCAGACCAAGAUGAACUUCCGUUACAGGCCAUGGCACAUCUGAAUUUGGGAGGACGACGUCACCGUCGGCAGAUAUUUGCUACUGCUUUGCCGACUUGGGGGCAAAUUAAAAAGCUUAGUGGGGAAGGGCAAAAAAUCCUGCAGCGAACAGGGAAGGCUUGUACGCCUGAAAAUUUAUUUUUGGCUAUGUGUGCCUUGCUUACUGUAUCAGAUGCCGCUACGUUGGCCAAUUUACUUCUUAAGCAACUUGAGGGACUAGAUCCAAAAGGUAUUAUUCAGAGUUUGGGGCAUACUGCUGGAGGAAUGGGAUUUGUAUUGUUGAUUGUUAUCUUAUGCUUUAUGCUGUUGCAUUUUUGCUAUCUAAAACCUUCCCAGAAUUCUAUGGCCAUCCUUUGGAGGGCACUUUUAUUAAAACAAAAGAAAAAAGAAGGAAUUGAGAUGGUGUAGGCUUGUAAGCCCCUUGCAGGCCCAGAUCAUUUGGGGACUGCACUGAGGUUAAGGACGGCCAGGCAGGCCUGGGCCAGGAGGAGAAAAUGUUCUCUUCCCCUUAUCUCAUGUUGCAAGGCCUAAAUGCCUGGACCAGCAGGAAGUGGCUCUUGCCUAGCUUAAAGUGUGUCUUUCUAAACAGAAGUGUUCUUUCUAAAGACAAAGAACAUGUUGUCUCCAAAGGAAGGAUGGCUAAGAGAAUUCUUUAUUCUGCAAGCAUAAACAGGAUGUAUUUUGUUCUUAUUGCAUUUCGUGUAUAUUUCACUUCACGGAUGUUGGCUUGAUACUUUAAGUAUACAUUGUUAUGUUUAUCUGAUCUCUGCGAGUAUAUAGCUACCUGAGAAAUAAACGGCAGUAUGCAGUUGCAAGUGCUGCCUUUGCUCUGCAUCCCCUGUGUCCUGGUGAUUUCGUAGACCCUUACCCAGGGACCCCAACGCACUAGACGUUGACAGCAGUGUAGUUCUAUUUUUAAUUUUUUGAGGAACCUCCAUACUGUUUUCCACAGUGGCUGCACCAGUUUGCAUUCCCAUCAACAGUGCAAGAGGGUUCCUUUUUCUCUACAGCCUCAUCAACACCUGUUGUUUUUUGUGUUGUUGAUUUUAACCAUUUUGACAGGUGUGACAUGACAUCUCAUUGUGGUUUUGAUUUGCAUUUCCCUAAGGGUGAGUGAUGUUGAGCUGAUACACAAUUUAUGUGCAUGGGAUCAACCUCAAGUUUUUCUUAAAAGAUUAGAAAAUAUCUUAUUUGUGUGUUUUAUAAACAUUCAAAAUUUAGUAACUUUCCUAAUACUUGGCCUUUUGUUUAUUAUAGUUGUAUAUCAUAAAAACAAUGUGAUACAUUUUCCAGAAAGCCACCUGUAGAUGUUGCCAGAUCUCCUCCAGUUUACUCCAGUGUGCUGACCAAAUAUCACCCCAUUUUGUGUUUGUUAUGAGAAAGGAUUGGAAGCACUGAUGAAGAGGAAGAAAAGCGUGAGGUCCCGCCAUCCCCUCCACAGAAGGUGGAGGUCAGGCGUCAAGGAUUAUAGAAUGGUCCAGAUGGCUAGGUGGGAGCUUCAGGAGGAAGAUCAGGCCCGGCCUUCCAGAAAGAAGAAAUUAAGCUUUCUGGCCACGUGUGAAGACAGAGACUCCUGAGAGAGUGCAACGGCAUGGGGAAUUUGUUCAUCACACCUCGGCAUACACAGGAAGAAGAAAAAGACUCAUCCACAACAAUCUCACGGUGUACAACAUAAUAAUCCGAUAUUUGUAUAUACGGCGGUCAGCUGAUCCACUUACGAAGGAAGAGAUAAGAGUGGAGCCUGGAAUUGAUUCCCUCAAAACCAACCAUGCUUAUGACCCCUUGGGAAUACUUAAUGGCCCUCUGGAAGUCUGUGUUUUCCAGUUGGAAAGGGCACGCCUCGAGGGCAUGCCACCAAAAUCCUUAAUAUCCAUAUUUGUUAUAUGUUUUCUUCAAGGUAAAUACAUAAUUACCAUUCAUAACAAGUUCUGUGUGACUUUUUGGCAUC